AUGUCUUGUUCUGUUGGCUGUAAAAAUCAGCAAUGUAAGAGACAUGAUGGUGAAUGUUCCAAUGGAUGUCUUGAUAACUUUGUAGGAGGAAAAUGCAAUGAAUGCAUACUUGGAAAAUAUGAAGCAUCAUGCAAACGUGACUGUCCAAAUAACUGUGACGAGAAAGGCUGCUUAAAAGACUGUGGUAAUUGUAUUAGCUGCCGUGUCAACUUUUAUGGGGAGAAAUGUGAUAGAUGUCGUCCUGGUUUUUAUGAUUCACUAUGCUCUGAGAGAUGUUCGUCUUACUGCUUGAACGGUGUUUGCGCAAGAGAUACAGGCACCUGCUCUGAUGGUUGUUUUGGCAAUUAUUCUGGUGACAGAUGUUGUAUAAAUAAUAACAACUGUAUCACAUGUUUGUCAGAUACUAGUUGUAAACAAUGCAAGUAUGGAUACUUCAAUGGCCAAUGUGACAAACUAUGUCCUCAAAACUGUCUAAAGUCUUGUCAUAUCGAAUCAGGUAUUUGUGACGGUUGCAACGGUAACCAUUAUGGUGAUAGUUGCAAUUUUACAUGUGCCUCUACAUGCAAGAUUCAAACAACAGGCGGAAGUUUAUGUCAGCAAAGUAAUGGAAAGUGUCUAUAUGGAUGCGUAGAUGGUUUCCAUGGUUUACAGUGUUCUUAG